CCGAGCGCGGAGCCUGCCCCCGAGCCCGUGGACAGCGCGGCGGGUCCCGCGGCGCCACCGGAGACGCGCGCUGCUGUGCGGACCCACAGCGGGCCGGCCCCGAUCACGGACGGUGGGUGCCCGGUGGGGCGGGGUCUCCGGCUCUUCGGCUCUUCCCGGGCCAAGGGAAGCCCCACUCACGGCCUCUCUGAGGCAUUCAGUCGUCGAUGAGCUCUUGGAUCCCCUUCGGCUCCCGUUGCAGCCUGGGAGGCCCCCGUUGCAGGCCCCCGUUGCAGGCCGGCGCCCCCGGAGAUUUACCGGGGCUGUGCUGCGGCGCUGCUUUGAGCACCCCACUCCAGCCGGGGCUCAGAGCGUCCUCCGACAGGCAGGCUCAGCAAGCCUCUACACAGCCUUCGGGUACUGGGCAAGCUGAUCCCAGCACGUACAGUCCCGUGAGUUGGCGCUGAUGGAGGGCAAGCUCUCCUGGCCACCCAGCACCCUGCUCUGAGCCCACAGGGCAGAGCCUGGCUUCACAGAGGAGACCCAGACUCACCCUGUAUGUGCUUGGAGAUCUCCACUUAUACACUGAGCUGGAGGCGCACACAGUUUGCCCCAAGACUCCUAAUUCAGCCCCAGCUCUGUGGAUAUAUAGUGGUGCUGUGGCAACAUAGAUUACACAUUUUUGUUAUUGUGUUUCCAGAAGGUGUUUUCCAUUGUCUUCUAAUUGGCAGGUAUACUUUUAUUUAACUUUUGAUUUCCCAGUGUUGUUGCCAUCGAUUCUGCUUCCCUAGAUUACUUGCCAAAUUAAACAUGUCCCAGUGCACACCUCCUUGGGGAAGAGAGACUUAAAUGCCUGAUCUCAGAGACAUAACUGCGCAAUCUGAUCAUCCAUGUUUAAACUUCUGUUGUUUACAAGUUGCCAAGCUGUGUGUUUGUGAUCUGUUGGUGGCACAGUGUGAUGUAAAUUGCUGCUGUGACCCCGAUUGCAGUGCAGCCGACUUCAGUCUCUUUACUACAUGUUCAGUUCCUAUUGUCACAGGUGACAACCGUCUUUGUAGUCAGAAAGCUGCUAUAUAUUCACUUGAUGUUGAAGCAAAUCCACCAGAAAGGAUAUUUAAAUUAAUUGACCAAGUCAAUCCCAGUGUUUUCUGCAUUCAUGCUACAAACUAUAAAGAAGCACUCUCCUUCAGUUCCCCUCAAAUGCCUACUUCUGAAAAUUUUGAUCAAUUGCUUAAAGAGUUUGAAAGUGCUACUUUCAGUGCUGAGCCUGACAGCUGGAAUAUGAACACAGAUGCUCAAAGUCCUUCUGACGCAAAUGAAACAUAUAGAUAUGAGUAUGGUGUUCCUAUACAGACGGUAGAUGCGUUUCUAAGGCUGCCUAGUCCUGUGGUCUCCUCUUGGUGCUCUGAUGCGAAUCCUGCAGGGUUUUUAGUAAACCAGGCUACAAAAUGCAUUAGAUCAGUAAGUGUGGAAAACUGUGGCAACAUUCAAGCAGUUAGUAUGCUAUUCUAUAUCAACUCCAGCAUUUUAGCAGUGCCUAAAUCAAGUCAGAUGGUUAAUAUUACUGUCCAGUCCGUAGUUGUCCAGUCUCUGAAUGGAAUGUGGACUUUACUUAAUAGUAGUGAUGUCCUCAGGCUCCCUAUGAUUUUGGAUGAAGUGUGCAUAAAUAUCGUUCUUGGGGUGAGUUAUCACAUUACAUACACAGAUGCAGGAGAAAUAAUAGAAGCAGCUGCCUCUUUUGUUUUGGGGGCAAUUAACAAAGAAGCACUUUCAAUACAGCAGAGCUUUGAAAUCAGCUUUACUCAGGUAAAUACAAAGCCAGUUCCUCUCAGUGGUAAUCCUGGUUAUGUUGUCGGACUGCCUGUAAGGGCGGGCUUCCGGCCACAAGGAUCUGCCAUCAUUCAGAAUACUAACAAAUAUGGUCAACUUACCAUUCUGCAAAGUACAUCCAACCAGGACUGUCUGGCGGCACAGGGAGCCAGAACGCCAGUAUUAUUUGGUUAUAACAUGGUAUCAGGCUGCAAGUUACGAAUUACUGCAGCUAUGAAAUGUCAGCCUUUGACUCAGACCCUCCUAGAUUUACUGAAAGGACAAACCUUUCCUGAAUACGUGGCCUCAUUUGGAAAUUCUCGAGCCCAGGAUGUGCUCGACUGGGUGCCGAUAACUCACUUCCAGACUUCAGAACAGAGCUCAUGCCAAAUACCAAUAUCACUUGAAAUAGAAGUGAAGUGGACUAAAUAUGGAUCCCUAGUCAAUCCACAAGCCAGAAUAGUCAACGUUACAGCAACGAUCACUAGCACCACAUUGAAGCAGCUUCCCUCAGGAAGGGAAAGGACUAUUCCUAUAACAAGUUCUGUUGUUUUCACUGAUAUUUCUUCACCUGCAGAGCCAGGCUAUAAAGCUUGGCCCACCAUUAAUGUCAAGUUACCCUUUGAUUUUUUCUUUCCGUUUGUCUAAGGUAAGUGUGCAUCAAAAAACCCCAAACAAACCAUAUUUCUGCUUUUUCUGCUUUUUAUCCCAUUUCCUAAAGAAGUGGGGCUUAUACAGUCACUGUGAUGGGCCAUCAGUUUCUUCUAAAUUGUAGACACACUGGCUUAAAAUUGGCCAAGAGAAAAAGGGUGAGCCCUUGUGAGGGUUCUUAGAAGUUUUAGGGCAGAAAAAAACCCACAUUAAGUAGAAAGUUCCCAAUUAUACCUCUGCCAAGAGGAAAAAAAAAGGCUGCAGUAUGACCUUGGUGGUGGCUCCAGCUGGCCAGUCAGCACACGUGCAGCCACCAGCCUUCCAGCACCUCGGCGGCUCUGAAGCGGCGCCAGCCCGAGCUGCCUGCCUCGCAGCGCGGAGGCAGGAGGGGAAGGGAGGAGCACAGGGACACGGUGCGGCUCCCCCAGAAAGCAGGCUUCGUUGUUCUGCGAAGAGCAGAGCUAAACUGUUAAUUAAAGUAAUCAUGUGCUAUUAGAUAUUGCCUCUGCUCUAUCUAUUUUCAUAGAUGAACAAACUGCAUAUUUCUAGCUAUUUUUCCCCAAACCACUAAUUAAUUACCUUUCUUUAAAAAUCCGAACAGUUAAGUGAUGUUUUCAGAAAAGCUCAAUGACCCUUCCAGCUGACUCUGGCUGAAAUCAGUUGGAGACACCUGCUACAGUCAACACCUUUCAAAAUUCCCACUUAUUUAAUCUUACUCUUCAACUUCAAAAUAGUCUCAACCCCAGGGACCUUCUAGUACCUGAAAAAGUUCACAUUGUGUUCGAACACCAGCCUGGUCCUUUAGAAUAUGCUUCGAAUGGCUUCUGGAGCCUAACUGUUCCCAGCAGUCCACUCACCUACAUCUGUUCUUACACAUUCUAAUUCUUUUAAUGUGCUGAUUUAUGACCUGUGGAAGCAGAAAGAACUUUGCAAACCAGCAGGCAGCAAACGAACACUUAAAAUGGAAGAAGAGAUGAGAGAAUGCAGUAUCAGAACUCAAAUCUGCUGCUGAGAACCAGGCAUUUGUUUGACGUAAGAUGGCACGUGUUUGCCUCUAUUUUGGUGCUGAUUUGAUUGUCAACUAAAGGAGUGGUAUGUUGGUAUUUUUUUUUUAAAACGAACGUUAUAUAAAUCACAAAGUGGCACAAGCAGCAACAGAAAUG